AAAAAAGUGCCUGGCGCAGUCUGCCUACUUUCAGUUUAUCACCAAUCCACGAGACACACUACCAUUGCAUUCCUAGAAGGGGAGAACGUUGGUUCUGUGCAGAGUUGGCCGAACAGCGUUGAUCGCAGAGUCUCCGACAAAUGUCAUUUCCGUUUCCAUCGUCCGGUAAAGCGUCCAGCUCCAAGGACACAACGAGGAAUGAACAUGAAGAGCCAUCCAAACAUGCUCCAGGUGUCGUUCUGGACAAGGACGGAAAGCCAUGCCGCACCUGCACAUCCUCCGCCGCAUGGAUGGCGAUGAUGAAGUCCUCCCCGGGCAAAAAGUUGACGCCUGCUGCUCCCGUGGCGCAGCCUCCCUCAGAUUUCCCACCAGACGUGGAAGAACUCGGCCGGUCGACCUGGACGAUGCUACACAGCAUGGCAGCCACAUAUCCAACCACUGCACCUCCGGAAACCCAAUCGAUAAUGAAGCAGUUCAUCUCUACCUUUUCCAAGCUCUACCCAUGUUGGCACUGCGCCGAAGACUUUCGAGGCUGGAUGGCAAAACCGGAAAACGAGCCCAAAGUCCAGGGUCAAGACGAGCUGGGGCUGUGGAUGUGUCAAGCUCAUAACGCGGUCAACGUCAAACUGGGCAAGUCUGAAUUUGAUUGCAGUUUAUGGAAGCAAAGAUGGAAAGAUGGGUGGUAAGAUGGAAGAUGUGACUGAUUAAUGGAAACCUGAGAAGUUGACGAACCUGUACGAUUACGUUAUGAUAUGAUACCCUGGGCCAUGAGGAGAGGCAUACAUGGGGAUAGAUGAUUGUUGGCAUAGAGCAUCAGCGUUGGCGCAUCUCCUCUCCUGUCAUAUUACUAUGUGUACAAAGUGACGGAUGGACACUACCUUAUAUAUAUUCCACGGUACACAAGGUACACAAACGACGGGUUACAAAAUUGACCUUGAACGCAUAUUAUCUCCAAGUGCCUUCAACCAUCUCAAUGACGAUAGAAGCGG